CAUAUUUCCUAUUUCAAUUUUUUCGAUCCAUAGAAAAUAUUUCUAGUAAUUUUCAAUCAAAUUAAAAGCAACAAAGAUACACUCAAUAUUUAAAAUAUAAGGGAAAAAUUUAUUUCAGGCUAUUACGUAUGUUGCAGGGAGAGGGCGCCAAUGACUGAUGCUUAUAUAAAAAACUAAAUUACAAGAGGAACAGGAAAUAAUGGAAUUAGCAUCGACCAAUCGAAUUAAAAGUGUGGUAAUUCAAACUCAUUCCUUUUACAACAAAUGGGGAUAUAAGAUCAUUUGAAAAGUUACAAUGCCGGUAAGAAUUAUGAAAUUACUCGGAGUUAAAUAUUUAUUCGAACAAAUUGUUGUGGAGGAGUCAAUCCAUCCUAUAAUUUGGGCGACGUAAUUGUUAUUAAAGAUCACGUUAAUUUAGUCGGCUUGGCUGGGCACAAUCCUCUGGUAGGAGAAAAUGAUGACCGAUUAUCCAUACAGAGAAGGGGUUUAUUGUAUGAACACUGGACCUACUUAUCAAGCCAAAGCGGAAGGAGGUAUGCCUUAAGAUGGGCGUAGAUUUAGUUGGGAUGAGCACUUUACCCGAAGUCACAGUGGCUGCUCAUUGCGGAAUGAAAGUUUGCGCUUUUAGUGUGAUUGCUUCAGCAAUCAAAUAUGAUGAAUUCUCUUAUGAAAUACUAAAAGAUGACGGGGACGAUAAAACCAAAAAUGAUGGUUCAUCAAAGAACACCAACGAAUAUAAAGUGACUAAAAAUUUGGUAUCUAUUGACCAUGUAAAGUCUGGUAAAAAGGGUGGUGAAAUUUUGGGACAAAUCAUUAAUGAUGUCUCGAUUAAUAUAAUAUUUUGUCAUUUCGUCGUUGUCAUAUUUUGA